AUGUCACAGGAAUCCAUCCCAAUAAUCGGUCUACUGUUGGACGAAAUACCCAGCACACCAGUCAGGCCUGGGUCUCCGAAGGAAUCUCUCACCCUUUCUUUGUUCGUUCCCUUCUUUGUUCGUUCUAUACAUCCAUACCACUCAUACAGCCCUAUUUUGUCACACAGCAGCUCAGGACUAACAUUAAGCACUCUGCCUUCCACUACAAUAUCUCUACACAUGGCCCUCACCAAGCCUUCACUCCAUACGUUAACACAUGGCCCAUUACAGGCACUAUGGCAAUUCCGGCCCCUCAUUUGGGCAGUUACGUCAAUUUCGGCCCCACAUUUGGGCAAUUACAUACGUCUAAUUUCUAAUUUACGAGGGAUAAAGAAUACAACCUUUCAUACUACAUUCCUAAUAUUACGCAUGACCUCGUUAGGCCCACGCAUGUCUUUUCCCUCUCUCGGCACACACCCGAGAACUCGGUACCUAUCACUAUGCUUUUAACAUAUCCAGGCUUCUUGGGUCUGUCACAAAUUUAACUGUUUAGUCCCUCUUACCACUCCUUCAUCCCAUGCACUAGACUGGGAGGCGGGCAAUAGGACAAGCGGGGCUGACCAUUAAUUUCUGGGCAAUGCGCGGGCGAGCUAUGACUUUAAUGCUGAGGUAUGCUAUUUUCACUACAUACAGGGUAUCACACAUCCGCUUCAUCUGCUCAAGAACUCACACCUAGUCCACAUAUACAGCCCGUCUGUCACCCAAGAUAUGUCUAACUAGGUCAACAUUGACAUCCUGGUAUACUAUCUGCAUUUACACCCAGCUGGGCAUAUGGUAGAUUCCCACGGGUACACUCGUUUGCCCUAACCUAUUAUCUACAUCUAUUGACCCACUUAUGGUGGACCACCUUCUGUCCACAGCAAUCAUAUGCUGGUUUCUCGAUCGACCCUUUCCGGUCUUCACGUUUUCUCAUCUUGGUGUACCACUCCCAUCGGGGUAGCCAUUCACAGUACCCAAAUACGUUUGAUCAUAGACCUCUUCGCACCGCUCUCUGCAGAAACCCUCUGCUGGCCGCUCCUAAAUAUAUUCAGGUUUCCAUCAGUCAUCCACGUUCUGGAUGAAUUUUUGUUGAUUUCACGGGUUCACAAACACCUAACAGUAUUUACACCACCACAGCCUCCCCUCCUACCCCCCCUUUUUCAGUCGGUCCCUCUUCCAGGCGGUCCCUCUUCCAGGCUUGCUUUCUGAGGCAUAGUAUUGGACUACUUUCCAAGCCAGCCUCCCAGACGUUCUGUUCCGCAUUUUGAAUGGAUUUGUCCUACUCCAGCGGAGUGUUGCGCACAAUUGGAGGGGGCUUCGGUUCUGGUUUAGGCCCCUCAACUUUGUUGUGCGUAUCAUUCUGCAGGGUUGGUCUCUUGUCCCUGGGCUACUUAAAUUUGCUCCACGAGGUACCAACCCCUGCCCAACCAUUCGGGCGAUCCAGCCAGGGCAGUUUUACACAAUUGGAGUAGUUUUUCAGCUGCAUGGAUUGGGAUCUCUUUGGUCAUUCCCCCACUUUCAAACACUCACUUUCAAUUCACACAGACGCAGCAGCACACACAGGGUUUGCAGCCUUUUUCAGGAACCACUCGUUAGGGACGCCUGGCCCACUGAGUCGGAUGCCUUGCUGGCCUUUGGAGAGACCUCUACUUUGUUGGAGAUCUACCCUUUCGUGGUGGCCUCCCUCACUCUGGGUGAUCUUUGGACCAGAAAGGCAGUUGUAUGCUGCUCUGACGAUUCCGUAGCCUGCGAUUUCAUUAGCAAGGGCGGUCAUACUCACCACCACUGUGGCUGAUUCGCAGGCUGAUUUGGCAGGCAGCAACCCCUCAGUUCUUUCUGGUCUACAUUUACAUUCCUGGUGUCCACUACACAGCCGCUGACACUUUCUCACGCCCUCAUUUUAAGGUCUUCUUUCAGGCACUCCCUAUGAUCCACUACAUAUCAUCCAGGAUACCACCAUUCCAUGAGCUAAUCUUGGACUAAGCACACAAUUACACCAUGUACAAGUGCGUUCGCUUCACGCAGUUUCACGACUACUCUAUCACUCACGCCAGGGCCUUGUAUAUUGUACAUGUCACAAUUAGAGUUUGCUUGAAUCAAGACUUUUGCAGUUAAAUAUGGUUAUUUUUUGCUUCUUUCUCCAAACCUAUAAAUCAAGCAUCUUACUUAAACCUCCUGUGCUGUCACUCCGCUUUACAUCUCCAAGGUCAAUCACACACUAUCAGUCCUAAUCCACUACUUCACGUCUAAACCUUCCAUUAAGGUGGAGCUACAUCAUGGCUUCCUUCGCCGGCCUCUCUGUCACAAAGCGCUGCAUCAGCAGCUUCAAGCUCUUACACCCCAGUCUACAUCACUAAGUGUCGGGGCCACAGGCAAUCCUCAGCGCAGUUACAUAUAUACCUCAAUCAGAGUAAAAGCUCCUCACAAGCUUUCAGUACCCAUGCUGUAUAAACUUGCAUAAAGUGUGUUUUCUUUGAAUGCUCUUUUGCCCUCUUUUACAGGCCUACUCGUACGUUGGUUUCAGCACACCUCAACCAACUUUGCUUCUCCUUCUACAUCCCAUUACAUAUUAGAUAAAUUCCGAGCACAAGUUGGAAGGCCAUUUGGCCUGAAUUUGUGGGAGGAGUUAUGAUCCUAUAUCCUAUAUAAAUCCUACCCCCCCCUACUUACCUUUGUCGUGCAAGCUGUUUGUCCCCACCCACCUACACCCAUCUAUAUUAACAAUUCACCUUUGUGGGCCCUCUUUUACAGGCCUACUCGUAUGUUGGUUUCGGCACACCUCAACCAACUUUGCUUCUCCUUCUACAUCCCAUUACAUAUUAGAUAAAUUCUGAGAACAAAUAUAUAUAUAUAUAUGUGUGUGUGUGUAACAAAAUAGGACAUAUAAAUAUACAAGAAAUGUACACGAAAAUAUGGUUCUAAUAACACUCCAUACAUUGCUUAACAAUUUCAAAUCUAGAUGCUUAUAGUGAAAAGAGUCUCUUGAUUAAAAUAUACAUUGUAUUUGCACAUUUUAAUCUCCAAAAAUCUAAGCACCCCCUCUCUGCAAGGCAACCAGUACUGUCAUAAUAAAAGAAAUGAAAGGUAAAAGCUCUAAGAUAAGAGAGGGAAAAAACUCAGCCCUUGUAAAUAAAGAAAAGAGAUGAGUCAGAGUAAUGUCAGACUCUUGGGAUCUUUGGAAAUCAAACAGACAAUAGCUCUAGAUUGUUUCUAUUUAUGAGAAAAAUUGCAGAUAUAACAUUUAAUGUCCAUAAACAUUUUAAAAAUAAAAGAAAAAUAUUGCUUUACAGAGUGGAAAGUAUAAAAAAAAAUGUGGGGAGGGGGAAGUAGGGGAAGGGGGGAGGCUAAAGUAUAUACAAACUUAAAAUAGGUCUUGGGAGGAAAAAAGAAAAAUUAUACUCCCCAAAAAAAUGAACAGGCCUAUAAGGUAGGGUGGGGGAGAAUAUAUUAAUAUACAUGAAUUAAAGACUGAUCUGGACACAGUGAUAAAUAUAAUUUAAUUUAGAAAAUAGAGAUACUUAAGAACUAUUUAAACUGUAUUAAAAAUAAUAUAUAAAAAUAUGCACAUAAAGUUAACUGCCAAUAACGAGAGGCAAAAAAUAUUAAUAAGUAUUAAUAUUAUUAAUAAAAAUAUUUAAGAACUAUUUAAACGGCAUUAAUAAUAAUAUAUAAAAACAAAUAUGUACAAUUACAUAAUAUGAACUACUGAAAUGGAGGGGCAUCAAAUAAAAUAUGGAAACACCGGUAAUCUUUAAGUUACUUAAUAAUAAAUGAUGUUCCAUCACCGUAAAUAUUAGCAACGUCAACGACGCCCUAAAAAAACUAUUAUCAUACAUUACCUAAAGGAACACUAUAGUCACCUAAAUUACUUUAGCAAAAUAAAGCAGUUUUAGUGUAUAGAUCAUUCCCCUGCAAUUUCACUUCUCAAUUCACUAUCAUUUAGGAGUUAAAUCACUUUGUUUCUGUUUAUGCAGCCCUAGCCACACCUCCCCUGGCUAUGAUUGACAGAGCCUGCAUGAAAAAAAAAAACUGGUUUCACUUUUAAACAGAUGUAAUUUACCUUAAAUAAUUGUAUCUCACUCUCUAAAUUGAACUUUAAUCACAUACAGGAGGCUCUUGCAGGGUCUAGCAAGCUAUUAACAUAGCAGGGGAUAAGAAAAUCUUAAUUAAACAGAACUUGCAAUAAAGAAAGCCUAAAUAGGGCUCUCUUUACAGGAAGUGUUUAUGGAAGGCUGUGCAAGUCACAUGCAGGGAGGUGUGACUAGGGUUCAUAAACAAAGGGAUUUAACUCCUAAAUGGCAGAGGAUUGAGCAGUGAGGCUGCAGGGGCAUGUUCUAUACACCAAAACUGCUUCAUUAAGCUAAAGUUGUUCAGGUGACUAUAGUGUCCCUUAAGCUGCUGUAGAACAUCAUUGCUUCAACAUAGAAAACAUGGUUUUAGCUAGUUUAACUAUGCUCAAAUUCCUUCUUGUGAGCUAACACUGUAUAAUGGUGAUGAAACAUUUUUUUAAAAAAAGUCUUUAUUUGCAAUAGCAGGUUAAACUGCUGCAGAAGAUCUCUGAAAAUCCUUGACUGUUUAGUUAGCUUGUACUAUAACUAGAGGAACGCUGCUUUGCUUAUCCCUUUUCCAAAAGCACCUGAUUGCAAUCGUCACCUAACUUUCAGCUAGAACAACUGUUAUGGGAAAUGGUGCAUGUCAGCAGUCUAUAAAUCCUGAGUGGGAGCUUUGACACGGGGUCUAGAUCUUAAAAGAGCCAUGUCAUAGGGUCUUGCAAAAUUAUUUUUUAUUUCUUCUUCUUAUAUAAUAUCAUUUUUUUCUGGCUUUUCUUUUUCUGAUAUGUGAAUGUUAUCCUGAUUUAAAGGAUCUGAGUAUAUGUCACAGGCAUGCACAAGGGUUAAAGGAACAUCAUAGCAUUAGGAUUUAAUGAUUGUUUCUCAAAUGAUGCAUAUUUAUUUUUUGGAGAAUUAGUUUUUUGAGCCACCAUAUUGGGUUAGCUUUGGCUUUUAUCUAACCACCAGCUGCUCAGCCUAACUUGCCUGCUGCUUGAGACUCGCAUAGACCAUUAAAGGACCAUAAUGGUGAAAGUUUGUAAAAGUGCCGUUUUCUAUUAGUAAUCAGCACUUUUAUAUACAAUGAAUGAAACAGCCUCUGGCUGUUAACUGGGUUUUUUUUCUACUUCCGUUAGCUCCCUACUUGAGCGCACCUGCAACCUCCCUGCAUACCUCAGACCAGUAUGCUGCUCGUGCUGCUCCAAAUAAGCUAUCAUGCGCACACACAGCAGAUGCAUGUGCAAGAGCAGGUACACACGACUGCAGGAGGAGCCUCUGAUUGGCUACUUCCCCAUGAAAUUCUCUUCCAGAGAAAAAGGCUAGAGCUUGCAAAGGCUGCAGUCCAUAAGAACUGCAGGUUUUGAAAACUGUUUUAAGAUAUACCCCCAAUGAAUGCAUGCAUGUAUUCAUUAGGGUGUAUCUACUAAACAGUAAUUUCAAUUUUUUUUCUCUUUGUUAUAUGGGUAGUGGAGUGUUCCUUUGUUUAAGCCUUGUGUUUAAGAGCUUUUCUGGGAAGCUCCUUCCCUACCUGAGCAGAAUGCUUUCCCCAGCUGUUGCCACCUCCCAUAGCCUCCGAUCCAGUACCAGCACUUUAUUUAGUCUACCUCAAUACAAAAAGAAAGCAGUCCGAUCCUCCUUUUCCUACAGAGCACCGCAAUUAUGGAACGACCUUCCGCACACUUUCAAAUAUUCCCCAAGCCUAAAGUCCUUUAAGAGAUCCCUCUCUACAUACCUCAAAACAGAAUGCACUGUUCUAUGUUAAAUUUUGUAUAUGUUGUGUAUUAAUAUUGAUUUUGUAUUUUAUUGUAUCCUAUUGUAUCAAUGCAAUGGUUUGUGGACCCAGGACAUACUUGAAAAUGAGAGAAAUCUCAAUGUAUCUUUCCUGGUAAAAUAUUUUAUAAAUAAAUAAAGAUACAUUUUAAAUUGAUGAUUAAAAAAGUUGUUUUUUUUCACUGAGUUUCAAAUAUUCACAGUUGCAAUUCACAGUUCCACUAGUACCUUACAGUUUGACUAAUAAUAAUAAUAAUAAUAAUAAUAAUAAUCUGCUAUACUCCAUAUCCACACAGUAUUACCAGCACCCACCACAGGCAUGGGUUACCAAUGAAAUUCACUGCUGAAUUAGAGGUAAGUUAACCACUUUUCUUUACAGAAAAAUGAAGAAGAAAUAGGGUUUAGGAAAUCCACCAGCAUUAUAAAUAAUUGUAUUUGUUCAUUUAAUUCCCUCCAGCAUGCUAAGUCCGCUGAAAUCAUUAGCACCCCGAAUGACUCGUCUGCUGUUUCGUAAUUCAUCAUCACAUCUAUUCGUAUUCAUAUCUGUAAGAUUAAGGUGGCAUUAACUAAUUCAGUGUCCUUGCAGAGAAUCUAACUUUUAAAGAUUCUCCUUAGAGUCAAAGAAUGGAUAAUGAGAAUACUUGAUCGGUUUCCUAAUUAAAACAUUCUUUUUUUCAAUUCCCAUACCUGAUCCCAGCAGCAAUCUACCUUGGCAGUGUAUCUGGAGUGGCUUUUCCUGCGGCUGUAUGUGUGGCUGCUAAGCUUUUCUGUGAUGACCCUAAGGAACCUCUUAGUUUUCUGCCAAAUGAGGCCUGACUUUACUUGCUUGCUAGCUAAGCACGGGGAUGUUGGAAAUGACACUUUGGUACUGUAAGGGUAUCACUGGGAACAAAGUAGUAGAAAAUAAAAAAAAGUGUGCUUUCGAAAAAUAUAAUGAUUUAAAGUUUUAAAGACAGUUUGCAAAAUAAAAACUCAUUCUGCUUGCAAACUUUCCUCCUGAGAAACUGUGUGUUAGGCCAUACAUUGAAUUGAAGACAUGGAAACUGAAACAUUUGGGGAGAUUUAUUAUAUUUUUAUUCCUAAUUUCCUGACCAAUAUACUAAAAUUAUAAGUUAUUUUCAUCUGACACACCUUUUACGUUCUAAGCAGCCUUUUUGAAUAUGCAUUUUUUUUCGGAUACGCAACAGAUUUAUUAAUGUUUGUACCACUUUUUGAGAGGGAAAAGUAUUCCGUUUCACUUCACUCACUCACAAUUUGAUGAUAUUCAGAAACUGAUUUUUCUGUGAAAACUCACAGAAUUUAGUAUGAAGAAAAUUGUUAUUUUCAGAUCUCGUUUAGAACACUUUAAAAAUAUUUGAUCGAAAUAAAAAAAAACUUUCACUUUUCAGACAUUUUGAUAAAAAUGUAUUGAAUUAUGAAUUAUCUAUUAAAGACAUUUAUGUGGCAAUGAAAACAUCAGAUAAUGCACGAAUUGAUGAGACGAUAGUCUCCCUGUGUAGUGGCAAAGGUCUACAAUGGAUAUUUAUGAGGAAGCCUGUAUUAAAGUGAAGUUGUUUUUAAGAACUAUAAACAUUGCUUAGAUAAGAAGGAUGUGUCCUUAUGUAAUUUGCAAAUGACAUGUCUGUAUGAUAAAAAAAUCUGAAAAAAACAAUUAUAUAAUAAAAUAGCACUCAAGAAAAUCUAACAAAGACAACAAAAGAAACAGUUGUGAAACUUAAGAGAUGGACAAAUAUUUAAAGAAAUGCACAUCACUGCUGUUAUAGUAAAAUCAAGAACAAGACAUUAUUAUUACGAGUCAUUUUUCCUUUGACCCAGGGAGGUCUGGUUAAUAUUAGUAUUUCAUUAAAAGGAGCUAUUGAUUACUUCACUUAUUAUGUUAUUAUAAUAAAAGCUAAGUUUUAACUCUAAAAUCAUUCGAAUUAUGUUAUAGGACUUGGUAACAAACACAUACUGGGUUGUCAUCUUAAGAACCUCGAAGUACAAGGACAAGGUGUCAGGAUUCUAACCUGAAAACCAAAAUAUUAUUUUAUUUAUUCUGUUGUAUUUCCAUAUAUACCAGUUUUUCACCACUAGUGGCCUCCCUAACCAGCAGUCUAACAGUCUCUUUCACCUGCAUAGCAUGAUCAUUUAAAUCUGCUUUAAAAGGCCACCCCCCCGAUAACCAAGUCGCCUUUACAUUGAUAGAAGUUUGUGUUCUGUUCCUGAAAAUACUUCCGAUCAUACUAUUUUCUGAUUACCAUUGAACCAUCCUGAUUUAUCAAUACCAACCUGCUUUGUUUCCAGUCGGCUCUUUUCCAAGAUGUUUGACAACAAAACCUGAUCAUUAAUACCAACCAGCUUUAUUCCAUCCAGGACUGUGUUACCUUUCUACCUUGUUGCAAACCUACUUUACAAUUACCGGAAUCAACACAAGCAACCUGGAUAAAACAAACUUUCCUACUAUUUGCAUCUUUCCUAAAUAACCUUAUUAGAACUAUCUGAUAAUUGCAUUAUUGCCUCCAAACAAAAGAGACUUUAUUUCUGUUUUAUUAUAUUAAACUUGCCUGUAACCUAUCAUUGUAGGUUUUCCUUAUUUUGAUUUACCUGUAACCUCACUUAUAGGUUUCCCUGUCACCUGAUAACCUGCUUGGGGCAUAUUGCCUAACUCUUUAUUUCUGUUCUUUCUUUAUGCUAAACUAUAAUUCCGUUUACAGGUUCUCCUUCUUGUUUCUGCCUAUAAUUCCGCUUAUAGGUUCUCCUUCUUCUUUAUACCUAUAAUUCCGCUUAUAGGUUCUCCUUCUUCUCUAUACCUAUAAUUCCGCUUAUAGGUUCUCCUUCUUCUUUAUAUCUAUAAUUUCGCUUAUAGGUUCUCUUUCCUCCUUCUACCUAUAAUUCCGCUUAUAGGUUCUGCUUCUUCUUUAUACCUAUAAUUCCGCUUAUAGGUUCUCCUUCUUCCUUCUACCUAUAAUUCCGCUUAUAGGUUCUCCUUCUUCUUUAUACCUAUAAUUCCGCUUAUAGGUUCUCCUUCUUCCUUCUACCUAUAAUUCCGCUUAUAGGUUCUCCUUCUUCUUUAUACCUAUAAUUCCGCUUAUAGGUUCUCCUUCUUCCUUCUACCUAUAAUUCCGCUUAUAGGUUCUCCUUCUUCUUUAUACCUAUAAUUCCGCUUAUAGGUUCUCCUUCUUCCUUCUACCUAUAAUUCCGCUUAUAGGUUCUCCUUCUUCUUUAUACCUAUAAUUCCGCUUAUAGGUUCUCCUUCCUCCUUCUACCUAUAAUUCCGCUUAUAGGUUCUCCUUCUUCUUUAUACCUAUAAUUCCGCUUAUAGGUUCUCCUUCUUCUCUAUACCUAUAAUUUCGCUUAUAGGUUCUCCUUCUUCUUUAUACCUAUAAUUCCGCUUAUAGGUUCUCCUUCUUCUCUAUACCUAUAAUUUCGCUUAUAGGUUCUCCUUCCUCCUUCUACCUAUAAUUCUGCUUAUAGCUUCUCCUUCUUCUUUAUACCUAUAAUUCCACUUAUAGGUUCUCCUUCCUCCUUCCACCUAUAAUUACGCUUAUAGGUUCUCCUUCCUCCUUCUACCUAUAAUUACACUUAUAGGUUCUCCUUCCUCCUUCUACCUAUAAUUACGCUUAUAGGUUUUCCUUCCACCUUCUACCUAUAAUUACGCUUAUAGGUUUUCCUUCCUCCUUCUACCUAUAAUUCCGCUUAUAGGUUCUCCUUCUUCCUUAUACAUAUAAUUCCACUUAUAGGUUUCCCUUCUUCCUUCUGCCUAUAAUUUCGCUUAUAGGUUUUCCUGUUACUUUAUAACCUGUCUGGGGCUUAUUGCCUAAACUCUUUAUUUUACAAACCUCAUUAUACUUACUUGUAAUCUCGUUUAUAGGUUCUGCAUUCUUCCUUUGUCCUUAUUAUUUCCAUUCCCCUUUAACUCUUCUUACACUUAUUAUUUUAAGUCAAAAACAUGUCAAAGAUUUCCAAUAAAGAACCUAAAGUCAACCUUGGCAUAAGUCUCUUAUCUGACCUAAUCAGAACCAUGACACAAUGACUAAAAUUGUAAAACUACCAGUAAUAUGGACAAGAGCACAAUGGUCAGUGCCAUUCGAGUUAAUCAGACAAAAGGUGUCAACCAAUUCUAUCCUAGGGGUGCCUCAGGAAAUCAGUACAGAAUGUUGGCAGAGGAUCUCCAUUUUCAUGUAGCAUUACUAUAUUAACAAGAAAAGCUCAUCAGAUAAGUAUACAGCUGAUACUGGUUAAAUUUGUCCAUAACCAGUGUGUUAUGGGAGGUUUGAGAUGCAAAUAUAUAGUGUCCUUGAGGCCCAUCUAGUUAUUUUGAUUGGGUCUUUGUACUUUAGUAUAAGCCUUGGAGUGAGUUUCAGCCACAAAGCCAGAUACUAAAUUGCCUGAAGGCAUGUUUAAAAUAAGAAGUCUCAUGAGUUGCACCAGGGCCGGCGCUACCAUAAGGCGGUACAGGCGGCCUCCUUAGGGCGUAGAGGUCCAGAGGCGCAAUAUCUGAGGUCCUGAUGAACAUUAAAUAGGAGAGUACACAGCGCUCUCCCUCCUGCCAGUCCUUUUUGUACCAUGGCCAAGCGGAGCAUGCUGCGAUAGAUGAUCUCUCCUCGGUUUGACAGGAAGUGCUCAGUGAAAUCACUGAACAGCUUCCUGUCAGUCUGGGUAAACAAAACAGACACUCCUUUACCACUUGGCCAUGCUAAAUGGAGGGAGAUCAGCAGGUGUGCAUGGAGUGAACAGAGAAAGGCAUACAAAAGGAGCUGGGGAAAGGGACAAUAAUACAGGGAGGGGCUUGGGAAGUUGACAAUGACAUUCACAGAGGGACUGGGGAAAGGUACAAGAACAAAUGAGAGGCUGGGGAAGGGGACAAUAAUACAGAGGGAGGCUGGAGAAGUGGACAAUGACACAUAGAGAGGGGCUGGAGAAGGGAUCAAUGGCCCACAAUGGGACUAGGGAAGGGAACAAUGACACACUGAGGAUGGAAACAAUGAAACAAGGGGGUGGUGGAGAAAGACACACAUAAAAGGGCUUGGGGUAAUUAAGAGACACAUAAGGAUCUGGAGGAAAGUAAGACACCCAAAGGGGGAAAGUAAGAGACAUACGAAGGGAAUAAGUGGGGGAUAAGUUACACUAAAAGGGGAUGUAAGACACAAAAGGAGGGUAAGAUACAGAAAAAGAGGUAUGACAUUCAAAAGAUGUGAUAAGAAACACAAAAAGGGGUAGGGAAUUCAAAAGGGGGGUUAGGAGACACACAGGUGAGAAUGUAUUUUUUUUUGGGGGGGUGGGAUGGGUGUCAAUAUGCAUUGUUGCCUAAGUAGUCAAAAAUGAUUGCACCAGCCCUGAGUUGCACUAAUGGAAUUUCUGUACAAGGGAUAGCAGUGAGUACAUGUAUACAAAAUGCACCCUGCUGGGGGGCUCAGUCCCUUAGUACAUGUAAGGUAGUAUAAGAAUGAAAAGGAAGUAUAUAGUGUAGGAACAGUGUGAUAUAACAUCUUUCCCUAAAAAUUAAAGUUGAUUGAUAGAGAUUCCAUUUUUCUGCUGUUGUAAAUAGUACGUACAAAAAGUGGUGGCUAGCCCUAAGAUUCCUGUGGCUCUGUCAGACUCAGUAGCAAGCAAUCUCUUGAAAGCUUAUUAACAGUUUCUACUCCUCAACAUAAAUCUGCUGUGAAAAAAAUGUACAGUAAAUUUAUGACUAGACAGUUGGAUUAGGGUGUUGCCAGGCCAAAAUUCUCCCCAUGGAAUAAAAACAUGCCAAACAAGAAUUAUGACAUUGUCUCAGUGUUUCCUGGAGCCUCGAAGUGGUUCAUAGUGUGGUACACUGUUGUGCCCACAAUUGUGUGCUAUGCUUGCAAGUUUUUUGGACUUGUCCAUUAUCUUUCUGCUGCAGGAAGAGUGUAGGCUUUUUAUGCACAACAAUCAAUUCUGGAAUUUGCUUACAGAGCCACUCCUGCCUCCAAUAAUGAAAUACAUAAAUCAUCGUUUAGUAGAUAUACCAUCCAUUAAAACAUACAUGCAUUUAAGUAUAUAUGUUUCAUUAGGUAUAUGUCCAAAAACAGGUUGCGGAUCUCUUCUCAGAUUCCUCUGUAAGGUUUCAGACAAGAGAGCUGCAGCUUUUGCAAGCUUGUCUUCUUCCCCAGCUCAGACUUUCUGUGGUUUUGGUUUCCAAAUGCCUUGACAGUAACAUAAAUUGGACGCAACAGAGAUAUCUAAAAUAUCAAGAUAAAAAUACAAUAAGGAACCUGUUUAUUUGGCUAUUCUCCACAUUAGCUGAAUACUAAUGAGUUUAUCUUGAUCAUAUCAGACUAAUGUCCACGGCAGUAUUGAGGGAGAGAUUCUAAAGAUAGUCCAGAUCUAUUUACAUAUAAUUUCUCAUGUUUUCCAUUUUUAAUAUUGCUAUUAUUUAUACAGCACCAACAUUUUUUUCAAAACUGUAUGAAUUCACGAGACAUACGGUUGCGUUCAAUGUACAAGUUUGACUUACAGGAACAAGAAGUAAUGAAAACCCUGUUCAAACAAGCUUAUAUUGUGAAGCAUGGGUGCCCAAAAGGUAGAUCCCCAGAUGUUAUAGCACUACAACUCCCAUGAUGCUUUUCAUACCUUUAGCAUGCUUGUACAAUUACAAAGCAUCAUGGCAGUUGUAGUUUUAAAACAUCUGGGGAUCUACUUUUUGGGCACCCCUGAUCUAAAGGAUUCUGCUCCUAUUUAGAUAAAGUUUCAUUCCCUAUUCCAUUCCAUACAGAAUUAAAAAGACACAAGCUUUUCCAGAUUGCAUGGGUGAAAUUGCCUGAUUUGUCACUAAUAUAUAAACAGGCAGUCAGAUGCAGGAGAAUAUUGAUAGGCAGAAGCUCAGUAAGACGCAAUACUCACACUAAACACUAGGUGGCUCUAAAAUGUACCAAUGCAUGUAAUAUAGUUUCACUCACAUUUUUUUUUUAACUAAUGCUGCAUAAAGAAUAGAGAUUUAAUAUCCUAUUAACAAAAAGUAUUUCAAGGAGGCAGUAAAAUAAGCAGAUCAAAUUUGUGGUUAAUUAAAGGUACACUUGAAAAACAUAACACACCAGAUAGCUGAAUUGCUUUUUGUGUGAAUAGUGUGUCUAUUUUUUUUGUUUUGCAAAAGUGCCAUAAAUGAACCUUGUUUCACCUCCCUGGCUGUCAAUCAGACAGCUGUUCCUGUUACUUCCAUUGUAAUACAGCUCAUUGAGAAGUCUGUGAUUGGACAUUCACCGCAUGUCUGUGCUGGGGAAGAAGUGGAGGGCUUGCAAUAACUACAGAUACUAUGCCUGCAGCUAUUGAAUGCAUUAACAUUUUCUAUUAUGGUAUAUCUACUACAUUGUUUUUUUUUUUAUUACAAAUAUAAAUAGAGGUUGAGUACAUAGGGUCAUUUUGAUGUUAUGUCCAUAAUUCCUAUUCAGGAGGACCUAUGCAAAAAACGGAUAAUCACUCUGAUAGGAUUCCAUUUUCAGAGCGUUCCUUUGGAGCUGAAUUUAAUUCUGUGAAUUGAUAAUGAUCUAUUUCUACCCAUUUGUUUAAUCUAUUCUUUAUUGAUUAGACCUGUCACUAUUGCACAGUUCCAAACAUUCCAAAACACCAGAGGGACAAUUUAAUGGCUGAAGGUGUGGCUGUGGGGGCCUGGGAUAUUCUGGGACAAUAGAUGACUUCAUGACCAACUGGUAACUAUUUAUGUAGCAUUUUUUUUUUACUGAAUACAAGACCAAUAGUACUUAUGUGAAUAUGUUUAUUGCAGUUUAAGACACAUUGUUGUUACUUGUUUCAUUGAUUUUUUUUUUAAUUAAGUAACACAAAGCAUAACAUUGUUUUGCAAUAUAAAGGUAAAAAAAAAAUAAUAAUUUAAGAGAACAGAGUUGGAUGAACUUUCACAAUGAUUUUUUUCAAAAUAUUAAAAUAUUAUUUAUAAAAAAAAUAUAUAAAAAUAACAAAAUAUGUCUACAUUAAUAUUGUUCAUACUAUUAAAAUGUAUUUUUUUUAUAAACUAUUUUACCAGGAAAGAUACAUUGAGAUUUCUCUCGUUUUCAAGUAUGUCCCUUUAAAGGUUUAUCUAAAAAUAUGAAAAUCAUAUGAAAAGCUUAUCCAACAAUAUUAAAUCAAGGCCAAAGUCUGAGAAUAUAUCAAACAUAAAAAUGGUAGCCUUGAAAACUAUUUUUAGAUAGAUUAAAUGGAAGCAUUACUAAAGAAAAAAAAACAAAUAACAAAAAACAAAACCCCAGAUCACGGAAUUUAAAUUACAUAGUUUUUUUUUAUUCAUUAGGCCCUCCAAAUUAAAUAUUAAUAUUAGGGCCCCCAGCCCCUGUCACCCCCCACUAUUAUCUUAUUUGGAGCCCCUAUGUUCACUGAUGGAUGGGGGCUGGGGUAUAAGACAUUGUAUUGUAAUAGACCUCACCUGACCACCCAGCUGGAGACUGGGAGGGAUGUUAUGAUCCCCAAGUAUAAAUUAGGAUGUCCCACCCGUUUUGUUUUGCUAAAUAGUACCCUGGCCACUGGCCACAGAUGGGGGCAGAGAGGUGGAUAGUGUUCUCUCCACUCCCCUUUAUUUUUUUUAAACUUCCCAGCCUAAUGCCCAUGGGUUGGGUAACAAGUAGGAGUAUGCGCUCCUCCUCCCCCUCCCCCCCCAUAAUUUUACAUGGGCUGCCCAGUCACUAGUUUUAGACAUUUAGUAGAUAUGCCUCCACCUGCGAUAAGAAAAAAUGAGCCAUGUUCCAAACCCUUAGAACCAUCAUAUGACUAUAGAGUGUAAGUUCACCUUUUAGGAGACACCUACAUUAACGUGAUUAAAAACACAUAGACUUGUGUUUACUGACUUCUUUAUUAGAACAGUCUCAUAUACAUUCCCCGUUUCAAUUCUUUUGCUGUAUUAGUUUUUACUAUUACCACAAGGAGGUUAUGUUACAUAUCUGGGACCGUAUACUAUCAUCUGGCAGCAAGACUACUUGUCUUUUUCUUGCCUCUCCACGCAGUGGACAUGAAAGGGUUAUUAUAGACUCUUCCAUUAAAUACUAUUAUCCUACUCAAACAUUAAACCAUCAUGCUUUAAAAAGUCUUGCAAACGUUUCGUUCUUACAAUCCCAAAAUACAACAAUGCCCACAACUUUACCGAAGGAAAGAAAUAGUAAAAUAUAUAUAGUGUAUAUAGUUUUUUCACCAAGACCCAUCUCAACCGGCAAUGAAAGGGUUAAUAUCAGGGACACACAGGUGUACAUUCACAUACUGUCACACUAAGCCUUAAACAGUUCCUGUAGUGAUCUCAGAGAGAUAUAGAAGCGUAAACCCUUUGUGCUCCCAGUCACUGCUCAUUUAAGAAUUUGGUUUCCAUAGAAGCUAAGUGUAACACAACACACAAUCCUGCUUCCUGGCCUCCUGGGAGAGAAGAGGCAUCCACAGGGCUGGGGGCAGGGAGGCCAGUGCCACAGGUAAUGUAAUAUGUAACACUGUAUCGGCCUUACUGUUAGUGUGUAUAAAUGGUUUAAACAAACAGAGAUCCCAUGGGAAGCAAGAGGGAACUCCCAUUGUGCCAAGGCAGCCUGAAGAAUGUGUGGGACUUUCAGUGCAACAAGCAGGGAAACAUGAAGUCAGUUUGUCUAAAUGCUUGCGGUAUAUUACACAGGUUUUACACAGAUAAUAUUAAUUAUGAUAAUAAUAAUUGUAGGGCUUAUUUGCUAAAAAAAAAAAGAAUUGUAGCAAAUGGAACUUUAUAUUAAUUAAGGUUAGUGCAAAACUGCCUAAUAUAUAAUGAAACUAAUUUAGAAAUCUUUCCAAAUUUGUAUGUUUGGCAAAAAGUUCAGUUUAAGUUUAUAGUUCAUCACAGAUCACUGUUUAGUGAAUAAGCCCCUACAGGAUUGAUCAACAAAAAUCGACUUGUUAUUUAAUUAAUAUUAAUUAUAAUUAAUGAAUGAGCUAAUAUUAUAAUCAUUUAUAUAGUGCCAACAUAUUCCUCAGUGCUUUGCAAUUAUAGAAAUGAAGAUGAUAUUACAAUCUACGAGGAUUUCAGGUAGUUAGAUUUAUACUGUUAGUGUCUUCACCAAGGACACCUACUGGUGAGGUGGUAAGUUCAAAUCAACCUUAAUAUGUUCUGAAACAUGCGUCAAAGUAGCAGAACUGUUAACUUUUCCAUUUAGCUUUUUUUUUUUCCUUUGAACUUUUUUGAUUAACAACUUGCAAGAACCUAUAAGAAACAUAAAAAAAAAAUAGAAUGUGACGUCAGAUAAGAACCCUUCGUCCCAUGUAGUCUGCCUAAAAAUUGACUAAUAAAUAAGCCUUACCCCAGAUGACUGACAAUUUAGGGGCUGUUAAAUGGACACUAAAGGCACCCAGACAGCCGCGAGGCAAACAAGGCAUUUGCCUUGGGCGGCACUUUCCAGGCAAAUGCCUUGUUAAUAAAACACACUAAUUGAAAAAAUCAAUUAAAAAUACAUAGGAUUUAGUGGAAAUGGAAAUGUGUAGAGCACUUCACAAUAAAUGAAUGUUAAUGUUUGCUCUCUUAUUCGAAUACAAAUGUAUCAGCUGGUCCUGUCAUCACCACCUAUUAGAUAAGGAAGGCAGAGUCUAUGGACUGCUGAAAUUAAUCUAAUAUAAGUUCCAAUAAGUUAUGAAUCCAAUAUAUAUGGCUAGUAAAUAUGUGUAAAAAGUUAGAAUCAAGCCCCUCCAAGGGUUAAAAUCCACUGCAGCAGACAGAUACUUUUUAAAGUUUAUUGAAUGAUAAAAAAUGCUACACACACAUGUAGCUAUUGAUAAAAAAGGGGGUCCCAAACAUGAGUUACAAAAAAGAUAGCACCAGUACCAGGUUUAACAGACCUCGAGCCCAAAAGAUCACUUUCUUGCCGGCCGGACAGAAGUGAAUUGGAUUUUCCUCGUGCUGUAUGCUGCUGGUUUCUAGCCGCGUGCGUUCCACUGCGGCUCAGGAUGCGUGUCAGAGGUGCUCACUCUCAGGACCGAUGUGUAUUGGUUUGCAGAUGCCGCCUUACUAGUUUCGUGAUUCUUGAUCACUUCAUCAGAGGAUGGCAUCAUGGAGUCUGCAAUCUUCUUUUUAUACUUGUUCUGUCUGUCUUCAUUAGUAUCACGUUAACCCUUAAGUCUAUGUACAAUGUUGCAAUUCAUAUCAGUAUAAAUAAUAUAAGAAGUUGACACAUGAUAUAUUGUUUGUUUUUAGCCACACAUAUAUAAUGGAAAACUAAUAACCAUAAAAAAAAAAAAGGGGAAUUAUACAAAGGCAAUAUAAAAGGGGACAAUAUAGAGAGGGGCAAUAUAUAAAACAAGGAAAAUAUAUAAAGGACAAACAACCAAAUAACCAAAUACUAAAGAAAUUCUAACAUAUUAUGUGGUAUAUUGGUUAUUAUAAAUACAUUAUAAAAUCUUAUAUUCCUUCACAAAUACAUCCCAAAAGCAGUGAUCAAUAGAUUAAAAAUUUCUUGCAUAAUAGAAAUACUCUAAGGAUGGGUUAUGAAUAUAUAUAAAUAUAAAGUAUAGCAAUUCAAAAAAUAAAAAUUAAUUUAUCAAAAAGUUAAAAAUUUAUAAAAAUUUGGAAAAUUAAAAAAAAAAAAAAAAAAAUUUAUUAAAAAAUUUAAUUAAUUUCAUUGAUUUAUAAAUCACCUGGAGAGAGAAGAGGAGAAAGAUAAACACAUUAUUAAUUGUAAAAUUCAUUUGUUAUAGAUACACACUGAAAAAAAAAAAUUAAGUAAUUAAAGAAAAGCAUUUAGUUCAAAAUCAAUAUUUAAACCAAAGGGCUCUAAACUAUUAAGUUGAAAUAUCCAUUUAGCCUCACUUUUGUCAAGAGCUUUUUCGUAGUCUCCUCCCCUCCAAUGCAAGUUCACUUUUUCAAUAGCAUAAAAUUCUAAACCUGCUGGAUUAUUGGAGUGGCAACUUGCAAAAUGUCUGGAGAGAUUAUGUGUAGUAAGUCCCUUUUUAAUGUUACGAAUAUGUUCUCCUAGUCUAAUUUUAAACUUUCUUUUUGUCCGACCUAUAUAGUGUUUCUUACAGGGACAUAUUAGGAGGUAGAUAACUCCAAUGGUAUUGCAACUUAGAUCUGAUUUUAUUUCAAAUUCUUCAUCCCCUUUCAUGUUUUCAAAUUUCUUUGUUAGACCUGUUUGGGUUGGAUUGUUUCUACAACCAGAGCAUCUAUUACAUUUUCGAAAUCCACCAGCUUUUUGAUUAUUGCUUGAUAGUUUGAUUUCUUUUAUCGUUGGGGCUAAUAUGGUUUUGAGAUUGGGCGCCUUUGAGUAGAAAAUCUUUGGUCUAUCAUCUAAUAUCAUACCCAGUGAACUAUCUUCUUUAAGGAUUCUCCAAUGCUUAUUCAGAAUAUGCUUUAUUUUUCCUGCUUGAUUGCUAAAUUGUGUGAUAAACGCUGGGGUUUCCGUCUCCAUUUUCGAUGUCUUAUUCUUACUUAUCAAUGUUUCUUCCCUAGAUAAUUUCAGGGCUUUAUCCAUUGCGUUAGUCAACAUGUUGUUAUCAUAUCCUUUUUUGAGAAAUUGGUUUUUCAUCUCCUCCAUUUGAUUUAUACAAAUAUCCAAUUCUGUACAAUUCCGUCUUAUCCGUCUGAAUUGUCCAUAAGGUAUGUUGUCCAGCCAAGUUUUCUUGUGAUGGCUGUCUGAGGGAAUAAAGCUAUUACAAGCAACAGAUUUUCUAAAUGUUUUUGUACAGAUCCUCUCCUCUUUGAUGUAGAUUUCUAGAUCUAGAAAUUCUACCGAAACUUUUGAAUGAUUAAAAGUGAACUUUAAAUUAUAAGGAUUAAGAUUGAGGUAGUUCUUGAAUUCAUUAAGGGAACAUAGAUCGCCUUUCCAAAUAAAGAUACAAUCAUCUAUGUAUCGCCGCCAUAGGACCAGGUUUGCACUAUGUGGGGUAUUGCUCCAAAUGAAUUCUUCUUCCCACUUUCCCAUAAAUAAAUUUGCAUAACUUGGUGCAAACCUGGUACCCAUGGCGGUACCCUCUGUCUGGAGAUAAAAUCGAUGUUGUGCCCAAAAGGUAUUGUGACUCAGAAUAAAUGCAAUUGCUUGAACAAGAAAACUGAUCUGAUCAUUCUUUAGCUCAGAGUAUUUAGCGAAGGAGUGUUGUAUAGCUUCACAUCCUUGAAGAUGUUCAAUAAUCGUAUAUAAAGAUGUCACAUCAGCCGUUACUAAAAAAUUGCCUUGUUAGCCUGAUGGCAUGUGGCUAGCUGAGCUCCAGGCAGGUGGUGAGGGAGCGCUGAUUUGUGAGCUCUCCCUGCUCAGCUCCCUCGCACACCGCUGAGUGAUGCCGGAAGCCGGAAUAUGAUGUCACAUUCCAGCUCCUGCUUGCCUGGACCUCAGCUAGCCGUCUGCCUCUACGCCUGCCUUUCUGCCCAAACAGCCUGGCCAGCAGGCCUAAUGGACCUUAGGUAAAAAAAAAUAAAAUAAAAAAAUAAUCUGUGAGUGUUGGGGGGGAGGGAUGUUUGUGUGUGUGUGCUUGUCUGUCAGUGAGUCUGUGUGUGUGUAUCUGUCAGUGUGUGUGUGUGUGCCAGUGAAUGUGUGUAUGUCUGUCAGUGUGUGUCUGUGAGUGAGUGUAUGUCUGUCAGUGUGUGCCUGAGUGAUUUGUGUGUCUGUCAAUGUGUGUCUGUGAGUGAGUAUGUUUGUCAGUGUGUGUCUGUGAGAGAGCCUGUGUGCCUGCGAGUGUGUGUCUGUGAGUGAGCGUGUCUGUGAGUGUGUGUGUAUGUCUGUCAGUGUGUGACUGUGAGGGAGCCUGUGUGUCUGAGAGAUUGUGUGUGUCUGUCAGUGUGUGUCUGUGAGUGAGUAUGUGUAUCUGUCAGUGAAUGUGUGUGUGUGUGUUUCUGAGUGAUUGUGUAUGCUUGUCAGUGUGUGUGUGUCUUUGAGUGGGUGGGUGUGUGUCUGUCAGUGUAACAUACUCUCUCUCACCUUGCGGUCUCUGCAACCAGCGGCUGUGCGUCUGCAUGACUGACACUUGCAGCAUGUUAAUGUAUGUCAGUGUAUCUGAGAGUAUGUGUCUGUCAGUCAAAGAGUGUGUUAGUCUUUGACAGGAAGAGGUGUGGCAUUGACAGGAAGGGGUGUGGCAAAUUUAAAUUAGGGGGUGCCCGAGUUCUGCCAUGCCUGAUCCAAAAUACACUGCACCCAGACCCUGUCACCUUAACUCAUGCAAUGGUUAUUAUUGCAGUUAGUUAAUAAACUGCAAUAAUUACCUUGCAGUGAUAACUCUACCAGACAGCCACUAGAGGCGCUUCUGGCUCAUUUGGCGACUUUUGGUAGCCAAAUUGAUGCUGGACAACCUCACGUUAUGCAUGAAGACAUCCAGCGUCAGUUGAAAUCCUAUAGGAAAGCAUUGAUUUAAUGCUUUCCUACAGGGUUGUCCUAAUGCGAUUGUGGCGCUCGCCGUACAUGCGCAUUAGGUCCACAACGUCGGCCAAUGUUGAGGGAGGAUGAGCGAAGGCACUGGAUUCGGUUAAGUGACAGAAGGGGUUUUAACCUUUUCUGCACUGCAGGGAGGCACAAGUGAGGGAGGCACUAUAGGAUACUAUAGUGCUAUGAAUACACUUUUGUAUUCCUAGCCUUUAGUUUUCCUUUAAGAAUAUUAGACUCGUCUGGAAUCCAGCCAAGGCAUUUCUGUUUAACCCAGGAGUUCUGAUAUGUUUCUGCCAAUUAAGCAGCUAACAGAAACAAAGUCAUUUCAGUUCCACUAUUCCUUACCUGCCCCUAGUACCUUCUACCUUUAUGGCAUGCUUUUUCAGUUUGACAUUACACUCAACUCUAUCCUCACUCCCUUUACAAGUUACCAGUGGCUGCAAUCAUCCUUUUAUUUUUUUCUGGCCAUCACCUCCAAGGUCCCCCUUCUACCUCUUGUCUCAACUCUCCAUUUUAACAUUUAGAUUGUAAGCUCACAGGCUAUCCAGCAAGGUCAUCUGCAUAUAAGAGAUUCAAUGGAUAGAUCACAUCUUAUAGGCAAGUGCUGCUUGCAUUUUUUGUAUUGGUCUGACAGUUUAUAUUGUAAUGUUUUUGUCCCCAAUUGUACAUCGCGGUGGAAUAUGCAGCACUUUAUAAAUGGCAUAAUAUUAAUAGACUAAAAGGGGCACUCCUAAGCACCACAGAUGGCCGGCACAGUGUGCAACUUUGUUAAAGAAACACUCCAAUAGAAUAUAUAUAUAUAUAUUUUUUUAUUUUUUAUUUUUUUUUACAAUGUAGUAGAUAUAUCCCCCCCAAAAAACUUGCAUUUUAUUAUUCUCAUAGCUCCGAUUUUGCAAGCCCUCUCCUUUUUCCCCAGCCCAGACUGUAAAAUCAGAGACUUCCCAAUGCAGCUCAAUGAGAAGUCUUUGCAAGGCAGGUGCUCUGGGCAAUUGCUGCCUCUUGAGUCUAUCUCUACUGGGCUAACCAAACCCGGAAGUAACAAGACCGGCUGUCUGAUUGACAGCCAAAAGGUGUAAAAUGUUUAAUGUAUAAAUGUGCCAAUUUAUAUUGAAAUAUGCACUUUUUGCAAAAAAUUAAGAAAGAAAAGAGGAAACACUCUUUACACAUAAAACAAGCUAAAGUGAUGUGUGUCCCUUUGAACAAACGACCUUUAUUGAGAAUUUAUUUGACUUUUUCUUUCUUACUUUAAAAGCUUUUUUAAAAUUUCGUAAGGAAUGUGGAAUAUGUCUAUUAAAAGGGAUUUAUGGAUUCACAACUCAGUGAUCAUAGGAUGUGAAUGUUAUUCUGUACAAAUGGCUUUGCAGGAACAGAGACAGAAUAUGUGGUAUAUCCUCUACUAUGUUAAUAGCCUAAUAUAAUGUAUGUGUUACAUGAUUAACUUCUUUUCUGUACAAUGUAUAAUGUAUAUAAAAGAGAAUGUCACAUAACUUGUUCUAACAUUUUGGGGAUUUUUAGGUAUAAUUUUUGUUGCUAAUUCCUCUAAUAUGAUUAUUCGUCACUUUGUGUUUAAAAUAAAAUUUAGUUCAGGGAGUCCGAUCAUCAUCCAUGUGUUUAUCGAAUAUUGGACAUACAAAAUAUUUGGAAAACGAUUUGGACAAACCAAAACAGUGUAAAAAUAUUAUGAAUAUUAAAUAUUAUGUACAUAUUUAGCAGUACACAAGGGCAUUUCAGCUUCAUUUGGAUCACAGAUCAAGUGAAAAAACAAACCAAUAGUGGGAAAAAGAGGAGGUGUAGUAAAGAAAAAAAAAAUCUAUAUGUACAUAGUAUAUAUUUAUUAAAUAACCCUUUUUUUCCCUCUUCACUUGAUCUUUGAAUCAAUAUUUUUUUUUUCCCCAAAUGGCGUUUUGUAAUGCAUAAGUCUUGUACUGGUCACUUUGUAUUACACUGUCGUUUUUCCCAAUUGUACAGCUCUGUGGACUAUGUAUUUUGUUUACAUAUGUGGGUGUGUGUCUAUUGCAAUAUAUGUAAGUUUGACAAUUCAUAAAGCUAAUUAUUGUUUUUUUAGAUCUGAACGGAAAAGUAAUUAUUUUAUGCUGGCCAAUAUGGAUUCAGAUUAUCUUAUUGUGGCCUCAGAAAAUCUGUUACUUGAACGCGGACGUACUUGUGAUAAUCUCCGUACUGAAGAUUUAAAAGAACUUUUUCUGUUAUAUCUGAAUCAAUUACUAUUAAAAGAAGUGACUGUUUUGCAAUGUUGUAGGUCACUCAGAAUCUGCAAUUUGUCCAACAACUUCAUCACAAAUAUAAAUUCUUUACGAGCAUGCUCGCAUUUAAUUAAACUGGAUUUGAGUGGAAAUCAGGUGAGCAAUAUUUUAUUUUCAAAUGUUUAUGAGUUCAUUUAAUUUAUUGUUUCAUCAUGCAAGGCUGGUUUGGGGAUUAAAUGGCCAAUUCAACUGCCAAGGUCAUUAUGAGAUUAGUGAAGCCUAGGUGGCAAUUAUGGAUUUUGCAUUUAUUGGCAAGGUAAUGCCCAUUUUCUUUUCCUGAGCUUGAGUUACAUGAGUUUCUUCAUGAUCCUCUGUUCUGUUCUCCAUGCGGCAAAAAUAUCAAUGGCAGAAUAUCUUUGAAUUUUCGGUACCUAAUCCUUGCUGGUGCAAGAUGAUGGGUUCAGUGAGAGCCAAUUUAGGCUAGUGUUUACCUGUGUCUUGCGUGUGGAGUGUGGAGGUUUGAAUGUACACUUGAAGCACCAGAGCAACAUUUGUAUAUAUUUAUAGCCUUUUGUCUGAAUUGACAAAAGAAUUGCAAGAAUUAGGCUUGCAAUAUACUGCAUCUUAACUCUAAAAUGCUUCUUGUUGUUUAUUGUAAAAAAAUAUUUUUGGGAAGGCAGAAUUUCGACCAUAUGGUGGUUUGGCCGACUCAGAUUUAAUUAAUGAAAAAAGAUUCAGAAAACAAAUUAGAUGAAUCAAUAGAGCACAAAAAUUUGCCAGUAAUUGUACUGCACUAUAUAUAUAGACACACACACGCACAUACAGUUGCAAUGACAAUUAUUUAACCCCUAUUGAAAUCCAUGUCAAAAUUUACAGACAUUCAACUGUCUGCAGUGAACAAACCAAACAAAAGCAAUUGAAAUAGCUCAACACAAUGAAUGCUUCAAGUGGUUUAACAAAAUUCAACUUAAAAUGUAACUAUUCUGUAGCCGUAGUGGGGGUAUAGGGGCUUUAGUGGAGGGAUGGCACCUGUAGUGGGGGCAAAGCUGUAAUUCAGCUAUGCAAAAAACUAAUAAAGUAUCUACAACUACCAGAAACCAACACUUUGUCCAUAAAGCCCUGUUCUAUAGGGAUUAGUAGAAUAGUCAAGACUUUGAAAAGAGACACAUUAAAGUAAUGGAAAAUUGGAUUUUCUCCAGGGAUUUGACCUGGGAAUUUAUUGAUAAUACAAUACCUUAUUGUUUCGGAGUGCAUGUUUUGGCAUCUUUAAUUCAAUAUCUUAUAGCGUAUUAAAAAAAAAAAAUGGUCCUUUCCAUCCUGAAGUGACCCUUUAAAAUUGCAGUAUUUGGAGGAGGUAGACAUUUUCCAAGUUUUCUCUUGUUCUGUUUGUUGAAAGUGGGGUAGUUGGUCAAAGGGAUUAGGAUUAGCUAGCUGCCUUGCACAAAUCCCAAGUAUGAUAAUUAUUACUUUUAUGAGACUUAUGAUUCUAAUAACAAUCAUUUGUUAAUUUAUAAAAUUGUUCAUUGGAGUUCAAUUGAGUAUAUUGGGAAUUCAGAGAUAGGGUAAAACUAACACAAAUUAAACAUACACAUAUCUAAAUGGAUUUAACAAAAUACUAUCAACAAAAUAACAAAAUGCUAUCUAUAUUGAACAUGGUAAACUAGAAAAAAAAGAUGACAUAAGCUGAUGUUGGGCAGAGGGGUAUUUAGUGAUAACAUUAGGAAAUCUUUCAAUAAAGAAAUAAUAGUAAAUAUUUGUUAUAGAAUUCCAGUUGUGGACCCCCUUUCUAGGUCAAAAAAAAGCAGAAAGUAGAAAAAUACUUAAUGACACCACUUUCUGUAUUUGGGUUUGAGAGGCCACUGUCCAUUGGUGGAACAUGUACAGGCACAUAAGGGCUCGAGAUACUCUUUGCUGUGGUCCAUACUAAAGGUCAGUAGUGGGAAGGUCAUCUUGAAGACAAGGUGUGAUGGAACUCAUGUGAUUCAAGUUGGAACAGGAUGCUGGAUAGUAAUCAGGAAUGCAGCAAAAUUGAAAGAAAAAAAAACACCUUGAUAGCAACAGGAGUGCUAUCAAGAUUAGAGUGUUAGAGUGCCAUAGAUUUUCAAAAACAUGAGGAGGUCCAAAAAAUAUAUUGAAACCAAGAACCUAUCACUGAACUUUCUUAGUUUCACGUGAUUACAGGUUACAAUUAAUCUGGCCUGACAAAAAAAUGUCGAGAUAAAAAUUUUAUUACUGCAUUGCAUUAUAACUGCAUUCAGAGGCAGUUAAAUAAAUUAGAUUGUCUUCAUACUCUACAGUCACGUUCACAUGCAGAUUUAUUUUUUGGAAACAUAAGAGACACAAGAGUAAUUAUCUUUUGAAACUUAUUUGGAAUGUUUCUGUUAAAACAAGGCAGAAGGCUUAGCAUCAUGGGACAUGUGAACCAAUUUAUUCUCUAAUUUCAAGGAUAACCAUCGCUGACACGAUCACUACUGUAGUGACUAUGAUGGACAGAAAGUAGUGUUCUAAUAUGUGUUUAAUGUAGCACAGCAGUUUAUGUUCACAAUUUAAAUUCUUUUAUUUUGUGUUGUAGUAGGAUAGAGGAACAUGAUAACUUUAAUUCCAAACCACUUCAGUGAUUUAAAGUAUUCAUGGUGCCUGGAGUCUGUAUGUGCUAUGUUUCAUUGUGAAAUGUAUAUUCACCUACAACCAUCUCAUCGGGGCAUCAUUAGCCAGCUCGUAACAAGAGUUCCAUACUGUCUAACGUGAAUUCUGUUCAAAUUUGGAAUCUAACAUUAGUAUGCACAGCAUACUACCCCCAAGAAAACAUUAAUGUAUGUAUAUAUAUAUAUAUAUAUGUUUGUAGUCGGUUAAUAAAGAGACCGUGAUAUGCCUUGUGAUUGGAGAAAGUCGGUGUGGUGUGCCGAAACCGAUGUAGGGGUAGGCCUGUAAUAAAGAGGGCCCCCUGGAGGAAUUGUUUAGGUAGGAAGAGGGUGAGGUGGGUUGGGUGAACAGAACGCCACAGCAGAGGUAAGAAGGGGAAGUAGCGUUUUAUAGGAAUGCUAACUCCUCCCACAAAUACAGGCCUGUAUAUAUAUAUAUAUACAAAACAUUAUCUUGGAAUGGCUUCUGAUCUAUCCUUUCCUCUUUCCUCUGCACAGUCUUAUAGUCUGUGUCAGCAAAUUGAUGAAUAAGAGGCUUCUCAUUCACACAUCUCAAUAAACCAAAUCUCACUGAGAAGUUAGCAGGAUGAAGGCAGACGCCCUCUAGUGGAAGUGGAAGAAAGCUUCCGACAAUGUGUCUGACAGCUGGAGAGGUUUUUUCAGCAGUAAUGUAUUACAGCGCCAUUUUAUUUAAAAUCUCCACUUCUAUAAACUGAAAAUGAAUAAGGCACACUCUUCUCACAUAAUAAGCAAGCUUUAUGUGUUUGUGGUGUUCAUUUUAAGAAGAAUCCCAAGGGAAAUAUUUGCAGUAGAGUCUGAGUGCUGGAUCCGAUUGGAAAUAAUUCUUCUGGGCUGUCGCAAUAUAGAAGAAAUAAAAAGUCAGCAGAGUUUUCAAUUCACUUAUUUUCAGCCUAAAAUGUUAAAUUCACACUUUAGAAAAUAACACUGACAGGGAGCCACACGGCACUUUGCUGGAAUUAAUAACUCUUUGUAUCUUUAUAAAGCGUGAUAUUUGUGGUUUUUUUUCUUCUAAAAAUACAACAGUCAAAAAAUAGGUUAAUUUAGAAAGUAGGAGUUAUUAUUAUUAUUAUUAUUAUUUUAUUAUUUAUAUAGUGCCAUCACAUUCUGUAGCGCUGUACAUUGGGUGGACUAACAGACAUGUAAUUUUAACCAGACAAUUGGACGUACAGGAACAGAGAGGUGGAGGGCCCUGCUCAAUGAGCUUACAGUCUAGAGGGAGUGUGGUAUAGUGACACAAAGGGUAAAAGUAGGGGUACGAAGUAGGUUGUUAGAAAAGUAUUAAUUGAGGGCUUAGUAGGUAAUACAAAUCCAUUGAAACAAAUCCAUUCUACCAUCCCCACACCCAUGUUCCAAAUCACUAAUAUGAUACCUAAAUGAACUCCAUAGAAUAAAACAACCCCCGGAAACGAUUAUCUCUAAAGAGUUCAAUUAUGAAAACAAGUAAAAGUAAGAAACCCUAAAGCAAGUUAUACCACCCUUAACCUUCCUCCUAAAACGAAGGUUUGUUUUACAAUUGCUUGUUCUGAUAAUGCGACAAUGUUUGUUUCAGAUACAAAAGCUACCAGAUCGUGCAUUUUGGAGUGAAUUAAAGGAAUUAAAACUGAUGUACCUCCAUGACAACCAGAUUGGAGAUGUGAGCAACAUCGAAUCUUUGUCUUCUUGUCCAAAUCUCGCAGCCCUGACCCUGUACGAUACACCAUUAAGCCUUCGCAAAAGUUACAGGCAUAUUGUUGUAAACAGUAUCUGGUCGCUGAAAGCUCUUGAUAAUUAUGUUGUUUCUGAUGAAGAAAUAAUCGAAGAUUGGUCCCUUCAGGACAGAUUUAGAAGUCAAAACCCUCAAUUGUGCAUUAAUAUGUUACCUGCCCCAUGUACGGUAAGAUAUGGACCUUAUCAUUUAUUGACAUGCGUUUGUUGGAUUUAUACUGUAUUACCAGAAUGACCUUCAACUAAAUAGAUUAAAGGUCACAUUUAUUUGUUUGGGGUGUGUGCACAUCUCCAGGCUAGUACAGCGAUUGCGUACACUUCCAUAUUAUUUUAUCUACACAUUAGCAAAUAAUAUGGAUGUAUUUAUGUUUAUAAAGUCAAUAAGGGUCCCUAGCAGCAUGUGGGAUGAGGCCCCCCUCCUAAACCCCAUUGCAUAUUUCUGAGUGUUGUAUAAGUGUGGGGGGAGAGAGAAUGAGUGUUGUGUAUAUGUGAGAGUAUGGGUAAUAGCUGAAUGUUGUGUGUGGAGGAGGCUAUACGGGGGAGUCUCAAUGUGCCUGUGUUUGCAGGGUGAGUGUUGUUGUGGUGACUAAAACUUGUGGAGAAGUCUGAGUUUUGUGUGUGAGUGGAGUUUGAGUGUGGCUAAGUGAUAUGUGUGAGGGAGUUGCUGUAUGUGUGGUAUCUAAGAGUUGGGGUAGAUUUUCUUCAUUUGCUCCACUUUUGAUUACCUUUUGGCAGGAGGAGAGUGUUACCCCUGGUAUUUUAGUGGAGGCCAUUAGGAUCCCUGGUUAUCUGGUUGGGGGACAUUGUGCUGCAGAUCACUUUAAGAGCUCUCUCAUGGUCCCAGCACUCAGUCGAUGAUUCAGAACUUUGGCUGCAGCACUCUGAGUCAUUAAGAAGUAGCAAGGGACCAGGCCCCAUCUGGCCACCUUUAUGCCUUAUGGGUAAAUCAGCUCUAUAUAAAGUACUAUCAUUUCAUUUUUUUUUACCAACAGAGGCACUUUUAAAAGACAAUAGAAUAAUGGGCAACUUUCUACAUUAAGCUGUUAUCUAAAAAAAUGUCCUUUUUUUGUGGGAACUGGUCAUUGGUUAAUAGAGCUUCCAUUUUAUGUUCAUAAUCAUUUCUACAUGUUUACUAUAUGUGUAUGUAUUUGCAACUGUGUAACAAAAUCCUAUGAAACUUCACUGAGUACGUUUCCAUGCAAUGGUGGGCUUGUUUCCAUGCUUAUCGUUAAAAGGUAACCUUUAAACAUUAACACCAAUAGCGGAUGUUGCUGCUAAAAUCUAUUGACAGGUUUCUAUGGUCCAUCGCUGUGUUAGGGGCAUGCACGCUUCUUAUAUUUCCCUCCACAAUAACCUCUCAGCACUCAUUUCAAGAUUUUGCAAGAUGGAUAUGCUUAGAGAAAACUACACAUUUUCCAACAUAUAGCCACAACAACUUCACCAGGAUGCUGCAAACUGGUAUCUCAACACACGCAGGUUUCACCUCUGUUCAUACAUGCAAGUUGUAAAUACCCGAUUUGCAAAAUGUUCACAAGAUUAAAUGUUAAUCACAUACACUAUGGAUAUAGAUAGGCUAUAGUGCUUAAAUGUGCCUAAAAAUAUAAUACAUUUUCUUUUUAACUUGGAUUCAUGGAUAUAAAUUAAAGGACCACUCUAGGCACCCAGACCACUUCAGCUUAAUGAAGUGGUCUGGGUGCCAGGUCCAGCUAGGGUUAACCCAUUUUUUCAUAAACAUAGCAGUUUCAGAGAAACUGCUAUGUUUUAUUGGGUUAAGCCUUCCCCCUAAUCCUCUAGUGGCUGUCUCAUUGACAGCCACUAGAGGCGCUUGCGUGCUUCUCACUGUGAUUUUCACAGUGAGAGCACGCCAGCGUCCAUAGGAAAGCAUUGUAAAUGCUUUCCUAUGCAGCUGAAUCUUGUGCGCGCAGCUUCUUGCCGCGUCGUCAGCCAGCAGGCGGAUCAGGAGGAGGAGAGAAGGAGGAGAGCUCCCCGCCCAGCGCUGGAAAAAGGUAAGUUUUAACCCCUUUCCCCCUUCCAGAGCCGGGCGGGAGGGGGUCCCUGAGGGUGGGGGCACCCUCAGGGCACUAUAGUGCCAGGAAAACGAGUAUGUUUUCCUGGCACUAUAGUGGUCUUUUAAAAAAAAAAAAAUAUAUAUAUUUUAAUUUUGGACUGUGUAACAAUAAUAUUAACCACAACUCUUAAACUAGCAGUUAUAUACCAGUCACAUACCUCACAUUGUGUCUGUAAAUAAGUUAUUUGAGAUGUUUUUAUAUAAGAUUAAAUUUACGUUGCCAUAGGUAUAGUUAGGCACCUGUGUUAUUAGCAUAUUAUUCUCAACUUAGCUUAAUAAAUAUUUUUCUGUGUUCAGCUUAUGCAGGUCAGUGUCUCAGAAGGAAAAUGUUAUCUCUGUUAAAAUGCGUUUGAUCUUAUUUUGGUGCAGGAUAUUUGUCUCCAGAGUGAAAUGAAAGAUGUUAGAGACCUUUUCACAAAGAUCAAUCACGUGCUUGCGCAUUGCUCCCCAGUCCUGAUCAUCCAGAGAUGGAUAAGAGGGUUUUUAACGCGGAAAAGAUUGGGGUACGCUUUAUAUUUUUUUGUUGAUUUAUGUUUAUUUAAAGCCAUAUGGAUAGCACGGUGAAGAGAACAUCGUGAAAUUGCAGAUGCUGGUUUAUGCUCAUAUAAAGUAUUUUGGCUCCAGUGUAUCAUGAAUGCACUACACUAUAACAAUUACUGGAGCCUGUAAAGGGCCCUUACAUCCCAAAGCCAUAUUCUGAUGGGUAAAAUAAACUCUAAAGUAGAAAAAUCUAGAGGGCAUCGCGAUGCCUAAAAUGUUUCCUCUCAAUUGCAUAUCAUGCACUCUCCAAUAACCGACUGCAACAAUGUAAAAUCUGUAAGACUAGAACUUACUGAGAUUCUUUCGGCAGUUCAGUCUGUUGCUAUCUGUUAAGCAAAAAGAUUUAGGAGUAGAAUAAAGAAGAUAAAUGGUAAAUAUCAGUAUAACCCCUUAAGGACACAUGCCAUGUGUGACAUGUCAUGAUUCCCUUUUAUUCCAGAAGCUUGGUCCUUAAGGGGUUAAAGCUAUUUAUGGCUACAGACUUAGUAUUCACAUUAAAAUAAACAAAAAUAUAUUUUACACUACAUAAUGUUAAUAAUUUACGUAUAAAAUAUACCUUGGGGUGAGAAUGGAAUGAAUGGGUGGAUGAUGGGAGCGAAAUGCAUUGGGAAUUAGUUAUAAAGAUAAAUUAUGGGGCAAAGUUCUAAAAAUAGAGCAAUUAGCAGAAACAUACAACUGAUUUCCAUUGUGAGUGCCCAAUUUUAGUAUUUUACCCAGGAAUCGCUCAUUAAACAUGACACCAUUCUGUCCAGUGAAAUUUGCACCAAAUUUGAGGUUCUCUUGAAAUUGCCCUUAUCUACUUGGCUGGGGUAAUGUGUGUAAUGCUAAAUAAUAUAGCUACUUUUUAAAAGGUUUUUUUUUUUUUUUUCAUGCUGUGAACUCCUAGCCACAAGUACUACAGGUAGUAUAUUAAAUUGACACUAUAAGCAUGUCAGGGUUAUGCUACCCAACUUACAAGUAUAAGUCAGGAAUAAAUAGACAGAAAUAAUUAUUACCAGAAUGGCCAGGUUUAAAGUAGGGAUGUGCAUGGGCAAAAAAAACUGGUUCGGCACUUUCGAAAUUCUGGACUUCGGCAAUUUGGCACUUCCAAAAUUCGGGAAUUUGGGAAUUCGAGACUUUGGCAAUUCCCUAUCCUUACCCCUAACCCUACCCCUAACCCUACCCCUAACCCUACCCCUAACCCUACCCCAAAACCCUACUCCUAACCCUACCUCUACCCUUUACCCUUACCCCUAACCCUACCUCUAUCCUUAACCCUACCCCUACCUCUACCCCUACCAUAGGGGUAAGGUUAGGGGUAGAGGUAGGGUUAGGGUUAAGAAUAGAGGUUGGGGUAAUGUUAGGGGUAGGGGAAGGGUUAGGGGUAAGGAUAGGGGUAGGGUUAGGGGUAAGGGUAGGGUUAGUGGUAGGGUUAGGGGUAGGGUUAGGGGUAGAGGAAGGUUGGGGUAAGGUUUAGGGUUAGGGCUAGGGUUAGAUUCCUGUCAUCAUUCCCUUAAUUUUACCUCCCUCUUCUGUUUUGCCACCUUUCAGAAAUCCAAGGCACUUCGGCGCUUCCAAAAUUCGACCCUUCGGCAAUUCAUUUCAGUUCGGAACUUCGGCAAUUCGGGACUUCGGCAAUUUGGUUUGGCACUUCGGAAAUUCGGCACUUCAGCAAUUCGGACAUUUAAAAGUAUCCGAAUAUCCAAACUGCCGAAAUUCGUUUGAAUUUAAAUUUGGACCAAAACUAAUUGCACAUGUCUAGUUUAAAGUAAAAAUGAGAGAAAGCAUAAACAAAAAACAAGCCAAGAUCAGGGUACAAAGAAUAUGGAAAUAUAAUAUAACUAGCCAAUCAGGAAUACAGAAGUCAGAAGAGUCCGUAUAACAAGCCAAAACUGAAGAACCAGGAAAUCAGGGAACAAUAUAACCCACUAUAUGGGGAACCAAGAGGAAACCACAAUAGGGCAAUUACAAAUGGGGCAAACACUUUAUUUAACCCCUUAAGGACACAUGACAUGUGUGACAUGUCAUGAUUCCAUUUUAUUCCAGAAGUUUGGUCCUUAAGGGGUUAAACCCUAUGGUGGACACUGAUUGGUCCUCAUCAGGCGCGGGAACCCAAAAGGUGUCAUAAUAGGGACUCUGUGAUGUAAUUAUCGGAAAUUACACUAUGUAAACAUGCAGUGUCCCUCUCUAUAUCACAAUGCUAAAUAGCAUUCGCCUCCCGAUUCGGGAAGUUCUAAUGCAAGCAUCGAUUGGGAGGGCUGAAGGACGUCAGGAUGGGGUACUUCCCGAGCGAUGCUCACAACACACUCAUCCAGUCUAGGGCAGCGCAAUAAGUAUUGCAACAAGGCACCAAAAUAACUUUAACUUAAUAAAGCAGUUUUGGUGUAUAGAUCAUGCUCCUGCAGUCUCACUGCUCAUUUCUCUGCCAUUUAGUAGUUAAAUCACCUUGUUUAUACAGCCCUAGCCACGCCUCCCUGCAUGUGACUUACACAGCCUUCCUAAACACUUCCUGAAACAUAACCUGAUAUUCUAGGUUCCUUUAUUGCACAGCCUGUUUAAUCAAGAAUGUCUUAUCGACUGUUUUGUUAACAGCCUCCUAGAGCCUGCAGGGGCCUUUGUGGAUAAAAUUAAAUUUACAGAGCAGGAGUUAUAAAAUUGACAUGGUAAUCUGGUCCCACUGGCAGGCUAGGGGAUUUUCUAUUGAAGUUGUUCCAUGUGUAUUCUUUUGCUACAUUUACACAGGAUCAAUUUGCCUUUACUGUGUACGAUUUAAUCAUAAAUAACCUGAAACAUACAGAUCUUGCUGUAUAAGUGAGUAUCUAUGUAUUUGUUAUAUUUAACAGUUCUUAUAAAGCACUUUUCAAAAUGUAGCAAUUCAUCUUAUGUAGGGUAACAGUCAAAUUAAUAUAGAAAUGUGGAGUGCUAUCCAAGACUGUGCAUGAGCUUGCAAUCUAAAGAGAGGGUGUGCAUUAAGAAUAAAAAUAUGGUAAGAAAAUAGUUAAUUACUAAGAAUGCGAAGGCCGUCAUAGAAAAAAAACAUUUUCAGGUGGGCACAGCUGAGAAGAUGGUGAGAUGGUUAGCAGCUAAUUUCCAGAGGAUUUACACAGAUGGCAAUUAUUGUAUUUAAAUUAAAGCGAAGCAAGUGUGGGUGGGAAAAUGUACUUAGUAAACAUUAUCUUUGUGGGGGGCAGCAGAUUUGGGGUGCCCCUGAGGAGAGAGAGAAAUACAGUCUGCUUGCAAUCUGUUAGCUUGCACUUAAAACUCAUGUUUUUAACAGUGUAGGAAUUGGGACAUGUAAAAAACUUUGAGGGGGGAUAAUUUGUAAUCAUUUUAGUCAUUUAAUUUAAUUUACUUAAAAAAAUCAGCAUGUUAUUAGCAAAUGCAAACUAUACGGUAAAUGCUAGAUUACAGUUAACUGCGAAAGUAAGCAAUACACAUAAUAAUAAUAAUCUAACAAACUGAAAUGAUUCUCGUUGGUACAUUUGCACGGUCUUUAUAUGCAGUUAAAUAUUUUUAGUUAAGGUCAACAGAGUAGGGUUACAUCGCAUUAGCUUAUUAUACCCACAAAUAUUGAAAAUAUUAAAUGUCCUCGUGUUUUGAGACUUGCUAAGUGAGCUGAUCUCUUUGAAUAAAUAUUUACAAUUUCUACUUCUGGAAUAAAGAAAUGCUGCAUAUAGAGACUGAAGUGGUUAUGGUGCUUGGAGUAACCCUAUAACCACUUUACAACAUUAGGACGAGUUAAAUCCCUGCUCACACUAGGGAACGCUAGGUAUCAAUUAAUACCUGGUGACCCGCUUUGCCACUGGGGUUAUUUUUAGAGUAUGCAGCGGGUAAAGUGACUGCUGCAUACAGACCUUUAAAGGGGCAUUAAAAUCCCAAUUGACAGCAAUGUGGUGUGAGCAGGGUGGUGUCCCUGCUACCACCAGAAGACUAGGUAUCUACAGAUACCUGGGUCACCUCUCUGUCAGCUGGGGCCCCAAACUGACAAAUGCUCUGUAUGCAGCAUGGCUAAUGCUCUGUUUUUCGGUUUUAUGCUGUUUUAGGGUUAGGGAUAGCGUAGGAUUAAGAUUAAGAUUACGGUUAGGGCAGGUGUAUGGUUAGAACUGGUGUAAUCAUAGAAUUAGGGGAAUUAGGGGAAUUGCUGGUAUAGCAUUGGGGAACUAGGUAUAUGGUUGGUGUUACCUCUAUAGAAAUCAUUUAACUCCUAGAUAUAUGUAACAAUCAGGAUUGAUUUAAAAUUCUAUAUCUGGGUUCAAGCCCUGCGUAGACUGGUACUACCCACACUGACACUGUCCCAUUGAGAGCAGUGCUCCUCUUUUGUUGAGUGCCCGCUCUCAGUGAGACAUCACACUUUAUUAAUCAGGAUUGAUACAUUAAUCUAUGUCAAGCUCUUUCUAUUUAGUUACAAUAGAUGUGUAAAAAUUACUAUAAACAAAAAUGUGAAAACAAUAUAUAUAUGUACUUAACAAGUAACGCCAAGCCUCCAUAGCAAGCCAGUAACCUAUCUCAUACUGAUGAAUUGAAAUAACAACAAAACAGCUGUCCAUGAGUGGUAUACUGGCUUUGCUCCUCUUCCUGAGUUGUGUUUCAAAGCUGUUGUAUACAACAGACACAUGCUCCAGGGAAUCCAUGCAUAAAGUGGAAUUGAGGCAAAUAUGUGGAUCUUUGUUGAGCUCAUUUGCAUAUGCCUACCUAGAAUCCCUUGCAGUAGUGAGAGCACUGUUAAAGUGAGAUUUGUGGUAAAAGCAAGUCUUAUGGCUUGACUGGUGUGUGUAUUAUUACAAUAAGAAAGCCCUUUCUGUCAUUUAAAAGCCAAUGUAGUAUAUAAAUGGGUGCACUUAAGGAUAAAACCUUAAUUAUGGUUUAGCAAACACAUUCUAGGUUUUGUUUUGGUUCAGAACUCGGACAAUUGCCUCCAUCCUUAAGGGGUUAACCAUGGAAUCCAGGGACUUCUGCUAUUUGCUGAAGUUAGUGCUUAAUAACACAAGUAGGGUCCUCAUUAAACAAGGGAAGAUGAUAUUCAAUGUAUUCAUUUUAUGUUAGUAAAUAUGAACUGAAUUAUCAUGAUAAAGUUAUGUUACACUCUAAGACAAUAUAGCUGGAUUGGAUACAUUCGUCAGCAGAGACAUUCACAAAAUUCUCAUUCAAAAUGAAGUAAAAUCCAGGCUAGAAUUGCCAAUCUGUGACUAUUUCAGUUUGAGAAUUUGUCAAUAGCAGCUAUUUACUCCUCAAUUCCACAAUUCACAUUUUUCUUUGCUGCAAUUCACAGCUUUGUCAUAAACCCCAAGUUAGCUAUUUAAACCUCAAAUGUUAAAUUCCUGUUGAAUUCCCUUUGAAUUGUUGACGUUUCAUGCGUUAGUGAAAAAACAUGAAAUUGUGCAGUUUGGCUUUAAAUUUGGAGCUUAGUAACAGUGACAACAUCAUUAAAUCUACUAAUGUCUGAGUGAUAAACGUGAACUAAACAGUGAUUUUUAAUUUAUAUGCUAAAGUACCUUUCUUUUAGCAGGAGAUUAAAAUAUAAAGCAGGAUGUUACAAAAUAAAUCCCACCGUAUUCUCUCAGCAGAAUGUUAAAAUAAAAAUAUAUUAAUUAUGGAUUUGUUCUGGAACGUAUUGUCUGCCUCUAUGCAGCAACCAGCAUAUGUUGCUGUGUCACUCUAGCUCUCAAACUGACGGGUGCCGAGGUUCCCUUUGAGAAAAGCCAGUGUUUGUGGAAGGGUUGUUUGCCGAAAUGAUGCUUGGUGACAGGAAACAGCUGAGCGAUAGCUCGGAGCUAAAGAGAACUCUGAGAGUCGAGAAAAAGUGAUGGGAACAUUAAAAAGAAAAAUGAAGUAUCCAUAUACAAAAUAAAAAUAAGAUACAGAAAAUCCAAUCUUGAAUACGGAUUCGGAGCGGUGGAAGCUUCCAUUAUUAAUGUAUAGGGUCACACUGAGACUAUUUAUCUACCAUAUAUUACCUAAGGCUUAGAAUAUUUGCACAAUACACUAAAAGUAAUGUGUUGUGUACAUUUCUGCAGAAUUAUUUCUCCCGUGAAAAUACAGAAGAAAAAAAUACAUAUUCUGCAUAGCCCGAGAAAGGAAGACGAUAUUGAUGGAAUUCAUGUUACAAAGAUAUUGAUACGGGAUCUUUCUGCAUUACCAUUCAGCAGCGACAGCAAAACUCUCCCUGUGAUUAAGCAGGUAUGUUCGCCAAAGGCUCAUAAAUCCUUUAUUGCUGACUUGGCUAAAGUAAUUCACCUAAUACAUAUUAUUUUUUUUACAGUCAAAUAUCUUUUUAACAGAUACUUUGCACAAAUAAAAAAAAUGCAAAAUGUGUAGAAGGUCCAGGUAAAUAGCAGCCAAAAAUAGCUUUGCUCGUGCUUCAAGCUUAAUUGCCGAAGAUGAAAGUUAAUUGUGAGUUGUCAUGGCUACCUGGACCACACUUAUCAUAAAAUCACUGCAGGUUUAAGUAUUAAGUAUUAAGGAACACUCCAGAAACAAGUCUGGAGACUUUUUUUUUAAAUAGAAAAUAUUCCAGGCACUCCAAUGAAUUCCAAAGCAAAGGCGAUUUUAUUAGAACCAGGAACCAAAAGGCAACGUUUCGACCCCUUAGGGCCUUUGUCAAGAUAAUGAUGAUAUUCCAACAAUUAAAAAAAUCAAAGAAUUAAAAAAUCAAAUAAUAAAGUUAAAUAUAUAUUCAAUUGUUCUUUUUUGUUGAAGUUGAUAGUCUAAAGAUUAAUCUAUUAUAUGGCAAAUAUCAUUCAUUAAGAGACCAUAUGUUAAAUCAGUUCAUUAGAGUAAUUAUUCUUAUUUUAUUAGAUUGUUAUAAAUGGAGUCACUAUGUAUACCAUGUACACAUAUUUUGUUUUUUGAAUAUACAUAGUGACCUUUUAUUAUUCACAUAAUGCAUGGCCACAGUUCUCUAAUGUGUAACACACAUUAUGGGACAAUAUUAUGAUAACAUUAUAUUCUAGAUCUAUAACAUUAAAAUAUAAAAUAUAAUUAUUCAAUACACUAAUUCUUUAUAAUGAUUUGUUUUAAAGGACCGCUCUAGGCACCCAGACCACUUCAGCUUUAUGAAGUGGUCUGGGUGCCAGGUCCCUCUAGGAUUAACCCUUUUUUUAAUAAACAUAGCAGUUUCAGAGAAAGAGGCGUUUGCGUGCUUCUCACUGUGAAAAUCACAGUGAGAAGACGCAAGCGUCCAUAGGAAAGCAUUAUGAAUGCCUUCCUAUGAGACUGGCUGAAUGCGCGCGCAGCUCUUGCCGCGCAUGCGCAUUCAGCCGAAGAGGAGGAUCGGAGGCGGAGAGGAGAGCUCCCCGCCCAGCGCUGGAAAAAAGGUAAGUUUAACCCCUUUCCUUGCCAUCCAGCCCGGCGGGAGUAGGACCCUGAGGGUGGGGGCACCCUCAGGGCACUAUAGUGCAAGGAAAACGAGUAUGUUUUCCUGGCACUAUAGUGGUCCUUUAAUUUAUUUAUUUUUCACUGCAUGUUUGUAUAUAAUACGUUAUUCACUGUAUGAUUUUCACUUAAUUAUGUAAAGAAUAUAAACAAGAUAAUGAACAUAUGGAAAUAUGUUAAUGAGGUAAUUUAUGAAUUGAUAGAGUUAUGCCACUACAUAUUAACAAUAAGUUUACUAUUUGUAACUAUUCAUGAUGAACUUUGUACUUUAUAAGUUAUCCACUAUUGGGGUUGUCAUGUUAAAGCAGGAUUUAAAGCAGCCUGUUUGUAAUUUGUUUAAUAACAACAUUAGUGUCAAUUAUAUUGACAUUGAGUAUGUCACAUCAAAACAGGAUUUAAAUUAGCCUCUUUGUAAUUUAUUUAUUAACAAACAUUAGUAUUAUACAUCUAAUAGUACUUCAUAAUUUGUAUCUCUUUACGAGACACUGGGUAAAUAUUAACUUAAAAUCUUUUUGGUUUAGCCUAUGUAUUUAUUGCGGUUGCGCUGUGUUGCACAUGCGCAUUAUAUAUGUGUCUCUGUCUUUUUCUUUUUUUUUGAGGUGUGCCAUAUUGCGCAUGCGCGAUAUGGUGCGUGCGCAGUAUGUUUUUAUCUUGUUGCGCAUGCAUGUCAUUGCGCUAUGGUGAUUCGGCUGAGCCCGAUCAUGUGA